AUGGGGAGCGGGUAUGUUGGCAGGCGCUGCGAGGGCAGAGGUGCUGCUGGCAGCCCGUGCGGGAGAGGGGCGCGGUGGGGACAGGCGACCCUGGCCAGCAUGGGUGGCAGCGAGAGCAGCCACGGCGGCAGGAGGGUCACCUUCGGGCUGGAUGAGCGGGAGCAAGUCCGGGUGCUGCAAGGCAUCAGGCUCACUGAAGAUGUAGUGAACCGAAUGAAAGAAUCCUCUCAAGGUAAAAGGGACUACCAGAGAUCUCCUCGUGCAUCCAAUGGCACAGCUCCAUCUUCACUGGCUGUAGCAGGGAGACCCAGACCUACAGGAAUCCGGCCACCGAUGGCAAGUGACUCUGCUGCAGAGCAGGAACUCUACAGGAGGUAUGAGCAAGAACAGGCACUGGUCCAAGAGGAGUUGAUCCGGCUGGCCAAAAGAGAAAGGGAAGCAGCCAGUGAGGCCCAGGAAAGGAACAGCAUUAAUGAGGAGAGGCAGAGAACAGCCCAGCUGCCUGUGGAUUUGGACGCCUGGGCUGUGGAGCUGCAAGGCAGGGAGGCAGAGUUGAGGCGACAGGAGGCCUUCUAUAAAGAGCAGUUGGCCCGCAUUGAGAAGAAGAAUGCAGAGAUCUACAAGCUGACAUCCGAGCAGUACCAGGAGGCAGCCACCAAGGCAGAGGAGCGGAUAAAGAGGAGGAACACUGAUCCUGUCUGUGCAAACCUGCAGUCUGAAAUUCUGAAGUGCUACCGAGAAAACAAAUGUGAAGCGCUCAAAUGCUCGGAACUGGCGAAGGAAUAUCAGCGCUGUGUUAAUGCAGCUCAGAAGGAGCUGUUUGUUAAUUCUGGAUAAACGUCAUCCGCCAAAGAACAGAGGACAGGGACCACAGAUGCCCUUGGAAGCCCCAGCAUCCUUCUGGACAGACACUGACCAAAACCGGUGCCUUCUGCCCUCCAUGACCCAAGACAAUACAUCAUGAUCCCUCUUCUACCUGCCUGCAUGUAUCAGUCUCGGUGGACGUUCCUGGAGUUGAGAGAAGGGUCCCAGGAGAAGGGGAUGCUAUAGUUUCUUUUUAUUGUUUUGCAAUGUAAAGAAUUGUGUUGACCCCAGGUGCUUCCAGCACAGCUUGUAGCUUGGGGUCUUGCCCAACAUGAGCCUGGUUCACCCAGUUCUAACUUUUGUUUCACCAAUCUACAUCUGAGUUUCAAGAGCUGUUGCCUCUGUUUGUUUGCUCUGGAGAAAGGGGUCCGAAGUAUUUGGAAGUAACCCUGAGUAGCUUGUUAGGAUUAACUGUUCCUAGCAUGCUGCCAUUGGUUACACCAGCAGGCGCAUUCCUUCCCUCCAAGGUUCUCUCCUAAACAAUAAAGUGUUUAACAGUCA